CUGACAUUUAAGACCACAUCUUCAAAAAAAGUAACGGCUGCACUCGAAGGUGCUUUACAUCAUUCAUUGAUCGACCUAGGGCUAUGUCUAGACGCGCGUCAGAUCUUCAUAUUCUGCGGAAGGAGGUGGGGUAUGGCAGUGCGGUGGAGCUCCUCCUCCCCCGGAAAGACUACCGAUAGUCGGGCACCCCAUCCUAGGCUUAAUUAUAUCGAAGCACAUCAGUCCUCCUUUUCCGAGGCGUUUGCAAAACAAGUCACCAGGAGAGGGCUUCCGGCCCGAUGAUCCGGACCGGAAAUGCUCACCUGCUCAUCAGGAAUGCCUUUAUGCCGUAGAAAAAGACAUUAUAUUGCGUACCCAACUGCGUAGCAGCCUUGCGUUCAUUCCACUAUGUCAUCCGUAAAGAUGUUCCCCACAAUCAAAGCCGUCCGAACUUUCGUCGUAGGAGGUGUAGGUUCCGGAGGUGACUACCACAAUGUCGCCCGUGGACAUUGGCUUAUUGAUAAUCCGAUUGCCACGCCCAUGUCCAAGUACGAGGAGUAUCGUAGCUCUCGUAUAACCUGGGGUAUCAAUGUCCUCGGCUCGUUCUGCGUCGAAAUUGAGGCCAGUGACGGCACAACUGGUUUUGCCACAGGGUUCGGCGGACCGCCUGCUUGCUGGAUCGUCUCGCAACACCUCGAACGUUUCCUUAUUGGCGCGGACCCAAGAAACACGAACCGCCUCUGGGACCAGAUGUUCCGCUCGACAAUGUUUUAUGGGCGAAAGGGGCUGCCCAUUGCUGUCAUAUCCGUCAUCGACCUGGCUAUAUGGGACUUGCUCGGAAAGAUUCGCGGGGAGCCUGUAUACAAGAUGAUUGGCGGUUCAAUCAAAGACGAGUUAUCGUUUUACAUCACUGGUCCGGAGCCGACGGCUGCGAAGGCAAUGGGUUUCUGGGGUUCGAAGGUUCCCUUGCCGUAUGGUCCUGAUGAGGGGCAUGCGGGACUGAAGAAGAACAUCGAGUUUUUGAGGAAACAUAGAGAGAGCGUCGGACCUGAUUAUCCUAUCAUGGUCGACUGUUGGAUGGCGCUGAACGUCCAGUACACCAUUGAGCUGGCGACAGCAUGCUUGGAUCUGAACAUCAACUGGUGGGAGGAGGUCUUACAUCCCGAUGAUUUUGAUGGUUUUGCACGGUUGAAAUCUGCGCUUCCACAGCUUAAGUUUACCACCGGAGAGCAUGAAUACACCAAGUACGGGUUCCGCAAGCUUAUCGAAGGCCGUAACAUCGACAUUCUCCAGCCUGACGUUAUGUGGGUUGGAGGAAUGACUGAGUUGGUCAAGAUCGCAGCUCAGGCGGCAGCGUAUGACAUCCCUGUUGUGCCUCAUGCCAGUGGUCCCUACAGCUAUCAUUUUGUCGUCUCGCAACCGAACUGCCCAUUCCAGGAAUACUUGGCAAACUCGCCUGAUGGGAAAUCAGUGCAACCAGUGUUCGGCGAUCUGUUCUUGAACGAGCCUGUGCCGCAAGGAGGAAAGCUGCAGGUGUCGGUGCUGGAUAAGCCUGGAUUUGGAUUAGAAUUGAAUCCCAAAGCGCAGCUGUUGCCAGCGAAUAGCAUCCUGUUCCCGUCUCCCGGUAAAGAGAUCACUGCUACCCUUGAGAAGGAGAAAGAGAAUUGAAUAGGUCGCCGCUUGUAACAGUAUCGAUGUAUAUGACGUAGAGAUUCGGAAUGCCCAAGGAAAAUCUUGUCAGGACUUGGUUGGAUUGGCAAUCAGACAAAUUAGUUGAAUUAUAGCAUCUCCCGAGUUGGUCCGACUUCAGUCCGUACUACGGCGUGCUUCGUUUUGAGGCAUUAAGACGAGCGCCGUGAGCGUAAAAAGCGACAGAAGGGACUGAAAACGUCG